UUUCUUGCAGCAAAAGCAGGGUUUGUUUCGUUUUCUUUGUUUUCUCCGUUUGUGUGGGUGGGAUGCUGUUAUAUAAAUUACAGCACAAGCUUUGAAGUUUGAGCUCAGAAACCAAAACCCCAGGUGAGGAACAGAGAGAGAGAAGAGGAUUUUUUUGGUUAGGGGUUUUUUUUGCGAGGUUGAUAUGAGUAAUUGGCUGGGAUUUUCUCUGACUCCCCACCUGAGAAUCGACGAGGGUUUUGGGAGAGAUGAGCAGCACCAGCAACAAGGAGGUUUCGUCAUGCCUUUGCGCUCUGAUGGCUCUCUCUGUGUUAUCGAUCCUUUCAGGCGUCCAAGUGGAAGUGAAGAUUGGAGAUAUGAGAACGAUAUGGGUGGCACUGAUCCAAGCGGAGAGGCUCCAAAGCUUGAAGAUUUCUUGGGUUGCUGUUACUCAAAUUCUUCAGAUGAUAGAGUGAAUGUGAAUGCGCCACCAAGCUUCAACUCCAAUGGAGAGCUUGAAGCAGACCCACCUCCACAAAUCCAACCUUAUCAUCAUCACUACAACGAGACCCCACAAACCCUAGUCACAACAACUCAGAUUCAGCAGCAGUGUGGUUCAAACCCUAGUGGUCAUAAUAAUUGUUUUUAUCAUGUACCUUUUGAUCAUAGUGCAACUUCAGUUUCUGGGUUCAAGUCAUGGUUGCGCCAAACUCCAUUUUCUGGGGAAAAAUCUUCUUCUUCUGCUUCUGCUGAUCAGCCAAACAAUUGUAACUUUCAAUCACUGUCACUCACAAUGAGUCCCAGCUCUCAACAUGGGGGGGUCACUGCUGUUUCUUCUCCAUUGCAAGCUGCUGAGAGCCGGAAAAGGCAAGUUGGUGGGAAGGCUCUUACCAGAGAACCAGUUCCUCGGAAAUCAAUUGAUACUUUUGGGCAAAGAACUUCUCAAUAUCGUGGUGUAACUAGGCACAGAUGGACUGGAAGAUAUGAAGCCCAUUUGUGGGACAACAGUUGCAGAAAAGAAGGACAAACAAGGAAAGGAAGGCAAGUUUAUCUUGGUGGGUAUGAUAAAGAAGAAAAAGCAGCUAGGGCUUAUGAUUUAGCGGCACUCAAGUAUUGGGGUCCAACCACUCACAUAAAUUUCCCUCUUAGUAGUUAUGAGAAAGAGCUUGAAGAGAUGAAGAACAUGACCAGGCAAGAGUUUGUAGCCAACUUAAGAAGGAAAAGUAGUGGGUUUUCAAGAGGGGCGUCUGUGUACAGAGGAGUGACGAGACACCAUCAGCAUGGAAGGUGGCAAGCUCGAAUAGGGAGAGUUGCAGGCAACAAGGACUUGUAUUUAGGAACAUUCAGCACACAAGAGGAGGCUGCUGAAGCCUAUGAUAUUGCUGCGAUAAAGUUCAGAGGGACAGGUGCCGUGACCAAUUUCGAUAUCAGUAGGUACGACGUCAAGAGGAUUUGCUCGAGCUCCACCCUCAUUGCGGGCGACCUUGCCAAACGGUCACCAAAAGACUCGGCUCCCCCCGCCCUGGAGGACUACAACUCUUGCGCAUCCUCCACCUCGCCCCAACCCCUUCUGGCCAUAACCAAUGGCGAGCCCUCGGAGGAAUUGCCUGACAUGGUGUGGAGUUCCAACACCGAAGAGCAUCAGCAGCAGCAGAACACGAGCAUAGCCACUGAUACAGCGCUGGUGGCUUCAACUAGCCGGACUUCCUCGAGUCUGCACAGCCCAAAAUGCUCCGGCGGUGGCAGUGGUGGACCAGGGGCUGAUCAGUUUGGAGCUGGAGGUGCUGAUUACCCUCAGGCAUACUUCUCAUUGCAUGGCUCCAAGUAUGAAACCAGCAACGCCGGCGGUGAUCACCCUGGUUCGGACAGGUUGAGGAAUCUAGGCAUGGUUCAUCACCAGGUGCCCAUGUUUGCACUCUGGAAUGAGUGAAACCAGUGGGGAAUGGGGAUAAGGGUUUAGUUUUUUGAGAAGCAGAAAACUUUUGAGUAGUGAUCAUCAAUAGUGUUGGUGACAGAAAGCUAUGGAAAAUGUUUUGACAGGAAGAAAUAUUGGAUUCAAUGGUUCUAACAGUUCAAAUCAAAAUCUUGUGUUAUAACU